ACCACCAACUCAGUGGCGAGCUUGUUUUCUGCCUGGCGGGUUGGCAGGCGUGCGCCCUGCUCUUCGGCGAACAGCUCUGUGGCGAAGGGCGCAGAGAAGAAAGUCGCGAUCAUGCCUGGCAGUGAUACCGCGCUGGCUGUGGACAGGACAUACUCGGACCCGGAGAGGCACCGGCGCUUCAAGACCCGGGUGGAAAGACAUGACAUGAACACUCUCAGCUUGCCUCUUAACAUUCGGCGUGGGGGUUCAGACACCAACCUCAACUUUGAAGUACCUGAUGGAGCGUUUGAAUUUCAAAAAGUAAAACUCAGUGCAGACAGCUUGAAACAAAAGAUUUUGAAAGUUACAGAGCAGAUCAAAAUAGAACAGACCGCUCGGGAUGGGAAUGUGGCAGAAUAUUUAAAGCUGGUAAACAGUGCAGACAAGCAGCAAGCUGGGCGAAUUAAACAAGUCUUUGAAAAGAAGAACCAAAAGUCUGCCCACUCCAUUGCCCAGCUGCAGAAGAAACUGGAACAGUAUCACAGAAAGCUCAAGGAUAUUGAACAAAAUGGUUCCUCCAAAAGUACCAAGGAUGCUUCCAAAGACAGUCUAAAGGAAAUUCAGCACUCUUUAAAGGAUGCUCAUGGAAAAUCUCGUAUUACUGGCCAGAGCAAUGAGAGCAAGACAGGUGUUCCAGGUGUCUCUUUAACGCCCCCAGUGUUUGUAUUCAGUAAAUCGAGAGAAUUUGCAAACUUAAUCCGGAAUAAGUUUGGUAGUGCUGACAAUAUUGCUCACCUGAAGAACAGCCUGGAUGACUUCAGGCCCGAAACUAGUUCUAGGGCCUACGGGGGCAGUGCCACCAUUGUGGCCAAGCCAAAAUACGCAAGUGAUGAUGAGUGCUCUAGUGGAACAUCUGGCUCUGCAGAUAGUAAUGGAAAUCAAUCCUUUGGCCAUGGUGGGACAAAUGCUCUGGUCAGCCAUGGAAAGCUUUCCAUGAUCUUAGAAGAACUGCAAGAAAUCAAGGAAGCACAAUCCCAACUAGCAGAGGAUAUAGAGAAUUUAAACGUCCAGUUCAAAAGAGACUAUGGCUUUAUUUCUCAAACACUGCAGGAGGAAAGAUACAGGUAUCAACGAUUAGAAGACCAGUUGAAUGAUCUAACGGACCUCCAUCAGCAUGAAACAGCCAACUUGAAACAAGAGCUAGCUAGCAUUGAAGAAAAGGUAGCAUAUCAGGCCUAUGAGCGAUCACGAGAUGUCCAGGAAGCCUUGGAAUCUUGCCAGACGCGUGUUUCAAAACUCGAGCUCCAUCAACAAGAACAGCAAGCUCUGCAGUCAGAGACCGUUAAUGCCAAAGUUCUGCUUGGGAAAUGUAUAAACGUAGUCUUGGCCUUCAUGACUGUCAUCCUAGUGUGUGUUUCCACCAUAGCAAAGUUUAUUGCUCCUAUGAUGAGGAGCCGUUUCCAUAUUCUCUGCACCUUUUUUGCAGUGACUGUCCUUGCAAUCUUAUGCAAAAACUGGGAUCACAUUAUCUGUGCCAUUGAAAAGACGAUCAUACCAAGAUGAAUCUACAAUUCAAGAGCCUUUCUAUUUUUAAUAUAAGAAAUACUUAUAAACAUACUGCCAAAUUUUUAAUUUUGCAGUGUAACUGUGCAAACUGGACAAAGAAUUUCCCUUUUGGAUAUAAAUAUGUAAGAUCACUCAUUAGCUGGUGAUCAGUUGCACUGCAUGGAAUGAGCCGAAUCUGUUAUAAAUUGGUUACUUGUGUAAAUCUUUUUGCCUUAAUCCAAUCAACUAUUCUAGGAGGGGUGCAGGAGAACCCAAGUAACAACAAUCCUAGCUGGGAGAAUUAUGUACUAAUAUGUGGUAAUCUAUAUCAGUUCUCCUCUUAAAAGAACAAACAGCUUCUCUCCCCUUUUGGAACAUAUGCAAACGAUAAAGUGAGUUAAAAACACCUUGGGAAGGGCUAGCUUACAUUUCCUGUAUUUCCCAAGGACCAGCAUCUAAUAAGCUGAACCUGUGGUAAGAGUUUGAUAUUUCUGUGGCAUACCGUUGACAUUGGUCCAAGAAUCAAGUUAUUUUUGACUGUUUCUAGAGCAUUUUUGCCUUACAACUUAAUAUUCUGUUUCGAUUUUUUAUGAACUUGAAAUAUAUAAAUGGCUGAUUCAUGUGUUGAAUGAAUGAUGACAUGUAAAACCUGUUAUUCACAAAGGAGUUUCUAUGCCUUUUGGAGAAAUCUCUACAGCCCAAAAAGAAUACCAUUUUGACAGAAACGGAAAAUAGGAGAAAUGGUAUCCUGCGUUGUUGGGUUUGAAGUGAUCAGUGUCCUUAUGACUAAAGCCCCUGUCAAGGGUUGUUUUGGAUUGUGGGUACAGGGAGAAUGUCCUGCAUACAAUUUCCCCAAUAUAUGCCAUUUUGUCUGAAAGAGGCAAUGUAUAUAUAUUCCAGCUUUGGAACCUGCAUACCAGAUUCUGUUCUGGAUUUUACUAU